AUGUGGCGUAUUCUCAAAAUAUUCUGUUUAAACAGUUUAUAUCCAGAAUUGUAUAAUCUGAAAGUCAAAGGAGGACCUCGAGGACUUCAACUACUGUAUUAUGUUAAAAAGUUAAUAAAAAUGGUUGGAACGGUAAGGUUUUUUAAAGUAUGCAUAAGUAAACAUAAUUCUCUUGAUAAAAAAUUACAAAUAAAUAGUAGAAAAAAGGUUAUAAAAAAUUUUCAGUCGCUACCGCGAACUUCUAGUAAUCAUAAAAAAGAGUUCAUAGGUAAAACCGAAGCCAACCAACUGAAAAGUGUUAAAAAAAUUUGCAGAGUAUGUCUAAAAGACGGUGUUAUUCCAAUUUAUGGAAAUAAAGGAACAGACAAUAUCUCGCAGGAAUUGAACUUAUUUGGUGAUAUAAAUGUACGAGUGGAUGAUAUUUAUCCCAAAUAUUUAUGUGGCACAUGUUAUGCUACUUUGUUAAAUGCGAUAUUAUUUCGUAAAAUUGCCCAGCAGUCUGACCAAUUUUUAAAGCAACAGGCACAGAAGCAAAUAAUAAAGAAUGAAGAAAUACAAGUGGAAAAUGACCAUACCCGUGAGUAUGAAGAGGUGGAAUGUAAAAAAAUUGAAAAUUCCAAAGAAAGUGCCAAUGAUAAAAAGCAUAGCAAUAUAAAUGCAUGUAAAGAAAAAAAAAUAAAAGAUGUUAAAAAAAUUAAGGAGUAUCUUUGCAGUGUAUGUAAUUUUACAAGCCAGAACAUAAUAUAUAAGGAGCACAAAAAUGGGAAAGCUACAUGUUCUGUAUGUAGCAAUUUAUAUGAACAUUCAUAUCUACAAAAACACAAGGCAUUACAUGAUACACAGAAGCGACUUCAGAACUCUUAUAUGUGUGAUAUAUGUGGCAAAUUUUUCUAUAGAAAAGAAGCAUUUAAAAGCAGGGUUAUUCAUUUCAAUAGUUUACCAUAUAAAUGUAUUUUAUGUCCUUAUAGAGGAAGAUUCAGUUAUACAUUAAAAAUGCACAUGAGAAUUCAUACAGGGGAAAAAAAGUUUCAGUGUACACAAUGUCCAUAUAAAUCAAUAGAUAGAAGUAAUUUAAACAAACACAUGUUAACACAUAGGAAGAAACUUUUUAAAUGUGAACUAUGUGGCCGUGGAUGUGUUACUAAGCGAUAUUUAGAGACACAUUUCAAACAUAUCCAUCUGGGCAUCAAGGACCAUAUAUGUGAUGAUUGUAAUAAACCAUUUGCAACCAAGAAGCAAUUGUUUGCACAUCAAAAGAAAAUACAUAACCAGGAAAAACGCAAAUGUGGCAUGCCUUUAUACUUGCGAGUUGAUACUAACAUGGAGACAUAGUAAAAUCUUAAAAUACAAUUUUAAAUAAUUGAAUAAAUUGCUUAAUCUGUCCCCUGGCACAGUUGUUUGCCACAAUGCUGUCAAUAACAUGUUUCUUUACUUUAUAGUAUGAUGACUUUUCCUUUAAAAUUAUUGUAUAUAUAAACACCCUAACAAUAAAAAAACCAUACUGGACCUCAGAUCACUGACUGCUUCAGGAAUUUAUAUAUGAUGGUCCUGAUUCUUUUUGUAAAACUUGAAGAAACAAUGAUUUUUCAUUAUUCAUUGUUUUGUAUAGGACACAUACUGUUUAUCUAAUCUGUAUUAUUUUGUUUCUGUUUAGAAAACAUCCACUAAUCUUUUUUAUAACCUGAACCAUUAAAUAAAACAAAUUUUAUAAAUGAUUUUAUUUAAAAAUUUUAACACACUAAAUGCCUACAGCACUCAUACAAAACAUUCAGUUAUACUAGAACAUUGGUAUAUUCAGGCAAUUUAAAUACAUAAAUAAUAGUUGCCAAGACUGAAAUUACUGCAGUUUAGUACAAUUUGAAUGAACAUUUUGAUAAACCAUGCUUGAAUACGUCAGAACUAGGAAUCAUCGCUAUUAGAAAAACAUUGAUGUCAUCACCUACCUUUUCCUGAGAAAUUACUGUCUUGUUUCAUGUAAAUUAACUCUUCUAUUGACCUUUAUUGUCGAUAUUGUCGAAGCUCAUUGGUUAUCCAUGUAUUAGAAGACAACAUAAAUAAAUGUUAAUCAUACCUAGCAGAACAAACUGUGCAUGGCGACGUAGACAGACAAGAUAUUAUUGUUACUUGUAUAAUUUUAGCAUUGCUAUAUAUGUAUGUACUUGCAUAUGCAAAUCUUUUUAAUAUACAAUUUACAUAAAAAAGACGAAAUUAUAUUUCAACUUAUAUUCCAAUGAAAACUACUGACUCUAGCAAAUAUAAAUUCAUAGCACGUUCAUAGGUUCACUGUGUAAUGUACUGACAAAGAAGUACUUCUAAUUAAUAUAAUUAUGAAUAUUUAGUGGAAUUUUAAUUUCCUUAAAUUGCCUCAAUAUAUUAAUAUCUCAUAAAAAACAGCCCAUUACAAAAGAUUCCCAAUAUGACUACUUUUAAAUAUUACGUAGUAUGUUGCAAUUUUGAUUAUUAAAAUAAUCUGCAAACUCGGUUAAUCAACUGGCUUACUUGUCAUGCUCACCAUAUAUUAUUUUAGUUACAGUUGAAGUUGGCAUGAUGACAUUUUUUUUGUGUAACUAAAUCUAAAAUUAUUAUCAUAACAAAUGAUACAACAUACACUUGGUAUUUCCCAUUUGUUUGUUUAACAUAGGUAACAUGUGGAAAGUUAAAUACACAAUAUAUAUAUAAAACUUAGGAUAUGUUGGUAGGACGAAAUAAACAGAUUUUGGUCUACUAAAACUAUUAUAUACAUUAAUUCGCAUUGAUGGUUUUAAUUACGUAAGUAUACUAUAAAAUAGGCACUUUACAACUUUCCGAAAGGUAAGGCGAUAUGGAAAAAACUAAUCCUUCAUACAUAUCACACGCCACUAUUAUAUAUUUUUAACGAAUGUUUGAAGAAUUCGUAAUGAAAAUAAAAGAUACCAUUCCCCCUUACUCCAAAGGUUCGUAAAUAAUUACAAUCCAUAAAAGGGAUCUAAAUAAUGGGAUAAAGGCAAGGAUUGCCUUGCCUGAUGAUGAAAAGGUAUAUAUAUAAAUAUUACAGGAAAAUCGAAUUAUAUUUGUAUCUGAUAUGGGUUUUGAUCAAUUAUCUAAAGACAUUUUUUUCUAAACUACGACAACCCUUAAUCACAUUACUAGAAUAUAUUUCUCAAAGAUAUAAUAAUACCUUUGUAUUUAAAUAAAAGAACUGUCAUAAAUAAUUAUCAAUACAAAGAGCAUAAUAAACCUUAACUAAACUCAUUACCAGCAUUUCUAUUUAUUCUUAUUAGGUUUUAUACAUAUUUAGAUAAAAAACAUCAAGAUUAUUUACUAUAUACGUGACAUACGUAGAAAAUACAGAAUAGUAAACUAGGUAUUCUAAUACAUAAAGAAAAGGCUACUCUAGUAGUCUCGGCUCUAUACGCUACGAUACAUAAAUAGUAAUAACACAAUAAAUCGUUAAAUAAUAUUAAUUACGUAUCAUCAUUAUUUACAUACACUGAUGUUACUUAAGAAUUAAUUAUUAUGAAAAUAUAAAACGAAAUAAGGGAUACAGACCCUUAAAACCAAAAUCAUUCCAAUAUUCCUUCUAACUUAUUGUAUUUUA